AUGAGCGCUUUCCUGCGUUCAAGUGCUCCUCCUAUUGCGGUCGGACCAGGUGCUCAGCCGGGUGAAGUGCCCACUGAUGAGAACCAAUCUACCGGUCUGGAGCGUUUCGAGCUGGAGCAACGCCUGCAGGGCAAAGAGGCGUUCGACAUGCAACCUCUUCAAUCUGACCGCAUCGGAACCAUCUCUAACCCCAUCUCGGUCAACAGCGCUUUCCCUGAGCGUGUCAUCGGCUGCUCGGGGAGCCCAGCUGGCUCCCACGACACUCUGUACAUGCGACUCACUCCCGAGCGCCAGUACCACCGCUGUGGCGAGUGCGGCUCAGUUUACACUCUCAACUUCACUGGCUCUGCUCACGACGAGCACCACUAA